AUGCAUAUUCUCGCCGCCACCACGCUCUUGUCAGCCGGUCUUGCCGCUGCAUAUGACUUGCCAGACAAUCUCAAGACAAUUUAUGACAACCACAAGUCUGGGAAAUGCAGUAACAAGCUCGCGGGUGGCUUCUCUGACGGCAUUGACGGCGCUCACACAUUUUCGUACUGCGCUGAUAUUGAUGGGACAAUCUACCUGCACGGUUCGGCCAAUGGUGGUGAAUAUGACAACAUGGAUGUGGAUUGCGAUGGGUUGAAUGAUAAGGGAGGUGACUGUGGGGCCGACGAGACCGGGCAGGGAGAAACUGCCUUCAAGGACCAACUCAGUCAGCUUGGUAUUGAAGAUCUGGAUGCCAACGUCCACCCCUAUGUGGUUUUUGGAAACACAAACUUCGAUCCUCAGCAAUACGGAAUGGAGCCCCUGAGUGUGAUGGCCGUCGUAUGCAACAACCAAGUGCUGUACGGAAUUUGGGGCGACACCAAUGGUGAGGACUCUACCGGCGAGGCAUCUAUCUCUCUGGCUCAGAUGUGCUUCCCUGACGACGGCAUUAACGGCAAUAAUGGUCAUGGCGAGGAGGAUGUGCUUUAUCUGGGAUUCACCGGAAAGAGCGCUGUUCCUGGCAGCGAUGCCGACUGGAAAGCUGGAGACCGAAAUUCUUUCGAAGACAGCAUCAAGGAGCUGGGCGACAAGUUGGUUGCUGGCCUCGGUGCGUAG